GAUUCGUUUAGUUUUAACUGUAAGAAAGAGCUUCUUGCUGUUGCCUCUCUCGCCAGUAACAGAAAGGUAAGUUACUAUGAGUUAUUUGAUGAAUUAAAAAGAAAUGAUGUUGAAUAGCGCCUAAAAAUUUAAACUGUGAAUUGUCUCUAAUAAUCCCAUAUGUGUCCUAACAGCCUAACACAUAAAUAUUAGAUUACGACGAGAUACAUACUGAUUGAUAAGGAUAAUAAUAAAUAAUUAAGUUGAUAUUACUGAGUGAUCAAAAAACAAAUUAAGAAGACAUUAUGAGAUAAUCAUAUGUCUUACCUUGAGCCUUUUGUACAAACAUUGACAUAAAGGAACAUCUAUUGACGUGCAAACAAAUUGUGAUGCUCUCAUCAGGAUGUUUGUUAUUUCAAGUAUUCACAUCUAAGACACGCAUUUAAUGAUUUGGGUGGCACGCAUAUGAAACUUAAGGAGUUUUCUAAUUAAUACAUUCGUAAGAAGAGACAAAGACGAUAUAUCAAUUUUAAAAUAUACGAAGAAAAGGUCAAUAUUUGUGUUUUGUUCUAUAGCUAUACAAUUGUUUAUAAUAAGUCAUGGGUUAACAAGAUGCAUUGCUUCAUUGUGAAAUGAAAAAAAAAGUUAAAAUUAGAUAAAUCAUGCAUGUCUAAAUAAGCAUAAACUGGAAUAUUAAAUAGAACAACAUAUUCAACUAUUAAAAUUUUGUUCUUUAUUUUACUAAUCGAAUAUUCAUAAUAUCCCACCAAGGUUCAGAUUUUGCUGAUGGCUAUGGAAAGCACAUUGCAAGUCACUGUGUGCAAAGAGACCAGUCUACUUUUACUAGGCAAAACUGGACAUGGUAAAAGUGCUACAGGAAAUACUAUUUUAGGGCGAAUAGCUUUCGCAAAAUCAGACAGAGCCAGCUCAAAAACAAUAAAGGCCACAUUAAAUUGUUCAGAUAGGGAAGAUGGCACCCGCAUUAGGGUUGUGGAUACACCUGGUGUUAUGGACACCGAGAUACAUAAUGACCAGACACUCCCUAAAAUUUUCGAGGCAAUGAGUUUGUGUCCAAACGGAUUCCAGGCGCUGAUUUUGGUCACAAAAUUCGGCAUCAGAUACACAAAAGAGGAAAGAGACACUUUGGAAGUUUUGAAAGAAUAUUUUGGAUCCAACUUUCUUAAAGACUUCGGUGUUGUCGUCAUGACGCAAGGGGAUAAUUUUGACAUCAAUCACGAAAAGGAUAAAAUCACAUUCAAAGAUUGGCUGGAGAAACCAGAUAAAAAAGAACAAGAUGACUCCUUUGCUAAACUUCUCGCAGAAUGCAACCACAGGUGUGUCCUGUUCUACAAUCUAGGAAAAAAGUAUGAUGCUAAAAGAAAACUUUGUGUAAAAGAACUUUUAGAACUUAUUGAUGUUGAAAUACCCACUCCUUAUAAAAGUGAACAUAUUGAGAAGGCAAACGCAAUGAGGAGAAAAGUUAUUACAAAACUGAGGACACCCGUGCUAUGUACAACAAUACAGGAACAACUGAGCCUGCUCAUUGAGCAGAUUGAGAGAGACAUACAAGCCGAUACAUUCUCAUAUCGAGUCAUGUUGGCAAAGCUCCAAAAACUUGAUGAGGAAGUUGAUAGUGUUAGAGGGGAAUUAAAAGAAACACCUGAGACAUUAUCUUUGAAAAAUUGUAUAGAAUCUUUAAUAGAAAAUCUGUAUGCUAUGCAUUUAGCCGAUGAAAGAGAGAUACAAAGGGCUGAGCUAAAGGAAAUGUUAAAAAACUUAACGAUGCUGAAGGAAACUUCUGAUGAAAUCGAUGUUUUUUUCUCGAGUGAGUUUCAUAUUUAUGCAUCAUUUUUGAAAUCGACUAUUCUAAGCCUCGGAUUUCCAAGCAAUUUUUUUCAAAAUGUUGAAACUGAAUCAGAAAAGAUGUUUAACAAAUCGUUAGCUAAUCUGAAACAGCAAAGUGAUGAAAAUAAUGACGCAAAGGAACGUCAAAUAAAAUCAUAAUCGAGUUUAUACAUGUCCACAGAGUGGUCUUGAGAGUGCAAAACAAACGUGUUUUUUUGGAAACCUGAAGUAUUAAACUAAAUGGACUGGAAAUAAAACGUAAAGGAACUUUUUCUUAAGUCUACACAUAGACAAUUAUAUCAUGUAUGCAAAUUAAAAUCUCUUACACACGAAAAGGGACAAAUAAUAUUUAAAACUUUAAAUCUAAAUGAUUAUCAUACGUUAAUGUGGUAAUGCAACUAUUAAAACAUUUUUCUUCCAAAAGUGCUUGUAUGUAAAAAGUUUAACGAAUGCUGUAUUUCCUUUAAAUAUUCAGGAGAAAAUCUUUUAGAUUAAUUCGAUAGUGACAGUGGUUAUCGAUGACGUCCUAAUGAAAAUUUAACACACAUAAAAAAAGAUUUCUAUUCAACACCUUCUUUUCUUUAUGCCUUUUUACCCGUCCGGGGCAUGGGCUUUCCUCAAUAAUUUUCCACUCAUCACGGUCCUGUGCUUUCCUUUCCAAUUGUUUCCAGGUGUAUCCCAUAGUUUGCAUGUCCGCAUCUAGCUCGCGUCUUCGUGUAUUGUUAAUGACAUUUGAAGAAUGGUUGCGGAAAAGCAGCUUGUGAGAACAAACAGAGUGAAGCAUUUGACGAGCUGCUGAAGGAGUGCAACAAAAGAUGCGAGGCGUGGUCAAGCUUUUAGACAUUGUUGAACACAUGUCUCAGGUGUAUACGAUUGAUCAUGUUAAGUUGGUUAGCCAAUCGCGAGAAGUGUUGGUUACAAGACUUGGUGCACCUGGGUUGGACACAGGGGUACAAGAAAAACUGAGCCUGCUCAUGGAACAGAUUGUUUGUUGUUGUUGUUGUUCGUCCGUCAAAGUCGACUAGGACCAUCGCGUCAGCCGGUUAGGGCGAGGUUGGGAUUACGGUGAGCUCGUAGGUGGCUUGCUAGACCGAUCCUUGCUCGGAAUAAUCUAUGACACCGUGGGCAUGGAAUAGUUGCUUCAGGCGGUGACCUAAUGUUGCUCUUUCGGACAAGCCUGGGUGUCUCAGCUGUGGUUAUUCUAUAAGCUUCAUUGGAUUUAGCCCCCUUCUUGACAGCAGCUCUCCACCUGGCUCUGUCCUGGGCUGUCAGCACCCAUUGAGUAGGGUUUAUGCUGAAGGCCUUUAAUGCCACUUUCAGUGAGUCUUUGUAACGCUUUUUUUGACCUCCUUGGGAGCGCUUGCCUAUCGUUAGUUCUCCGAAGAAUAAUUGUUUCGGGAGCCGGUGGUGUUCCAUACGGGCUACGUGUCCCAUCCAACGGAAAAUCAAGUCCUUUAAUUUUUUAUAUCUCACACGGUAAUUUCAAUAUCUUAUGAUUGAAUGAUUCAUUUUAGCUGCAGAAAAAUAUCAAAAGAAUUAACUAUUUAUUAAGUAGAGAAAUUAGGGCUCUAUUGAUAAUAUGUAAUUUAAGUUAUUGCAAGGCAAAG